CACACGAUAUGGCGAAUGGCCAUGUGUCCAGCGUUAUAAGGCAUUCACCACAUCGUGUGGGACCGGUUUAAGAUGGUCAUGUCAAUUUGACAGUGAUACUGACAAGUGGCAGUGACAAAAAUGACAACAGUCCUUUUCACAUGCAAGUUGUUAAGCUUGCACACUUUUUUAAAUUUGUAAAAUAAAUUCAAUUUUAUUUAAAAACGGUAAAUAUCAGUUCACCAGAAGACAAUCGAAAAUUCACUCAACAAACGCUCACUACAGUUUAACCCACAAAACUUAUUUUAUUUGCAGUUUCAGUCAAGACACAUUGAGGUUAACAGGCUAGGCUGUCCAACAUAUUGUUUAAAUAAAGUCGAAAAUAAUGUCUAAGAGAAAGGCUUUACAAGAAUCUGACAAGCUUACGCGUAUAGCUAUUGUCAAUGCAGAUAAGUGCAAACCGAAAAGAUGCAGACAGGAGUGCAAAAAAUCCUGUCCUGUAGUUCGUAUGGGCAAACUAUGCAUUGAAGUUAGUCCCAACAGUAAGAUUGCUGCAAUAUCAGAGGAACUGUGCAUAGGGUGUGGUAUUUGUGUUAAGAAAUGCCCGUUUGAAGCUAUCAACAUUAUAAAUCUGCCAAGCAAUUUGCAGAAAGAGACAACACAUCGAUAUGGUAAAAAUUCCUUCAAGCUGCAUAGGCUGCCAAUUCCUCGACCUGGAGAAGUUCUAGGACUUGUAGGUACUAAUGGUAUAGGAAAGUCCACUGCACUCAAGAUCCUGGCUGGAAAGCAGAAGCCUAAUCUUGGCAAUUAUGCGAAUCCUCCAGACUGGACAGAAAUCCUCAACCACUUUAGAGGAAGUGAAUUGCAAAAUUACUUUACAAAAAUCCUGGAGGAUGAUCUAAAAGCUCUGAUCAAACCUCAAUAUGUGGACCAGAUCUCAAAAGCAGUAAAAGGAACUGUUGGACAGCUACUUGCUAAGAAAAAUGAAUUGGAUAAUGAAGAUGAGAUUUGUGAAAUGUUAGAUUUGAAGAACAUUAAAGAUAGGGAAUUAGAAGAUUUGUCAGGUGGAGAAAUGCAAAGAUUUGCCUGCGCCAUGGUGUGUAUUCAGAAUGGUGACAUUUUUAUGUUUGAUGAACCUUCCUCUUAUCUGGAUGUCAAACAAAGAUUAAAUGCUGCCAGAACGAUACGAUCAUUAUUACACCCUGAUAAGUUCAUAAUCGUCGUGGAACAUGAUCUGAGUGUGCUGGAUUAUUUGUCAGACUUUAUAUGUUGUCUAUAUGGGGUACCAGGUGCUUAUGGUGUUGUAACGAUGCCCUUCUCAGUUCGUGAAGGAAUAAACAUCUUCUUGGACGGUUUCGUCCCCACGGAAAAUCUCCGUUUCCGUGACGAGUCUCUAGUGUUCAAAGUUGCUGAAUCAGCUACAGAGGAAGAGGUAAAACGUAUGAACCAUUACGAGUACCCUGAGAUGACGAAAACGAUGGGUAAUUUCAAGUUACGCGUAAUGAAAGGACAGUUCUCAGACUCUGAGAUUUUGGUGCUCUUGGGUGAGAACGGUACUGGAAAAACCACCUUCAUUAGGAUGUUGGCUGGAAAUCUAGCAGCUGAUAGUGGAUCAGGUGAUUUACCUCAAUUACACAUCAGUUAUAAACCCCAGAAGAUCAGUCCAAAGUCACAGGCAUUAGUAAGGCAGUUACUGCAUGAAAAAAUUAGAGAUGCUUACAUACAUCCACAGUUCAUCGCCGAUGUGAUGAAACCUUUGAAAAUAGAAGACAUUAUUGAUCAGGAAGUGCAAAAUCUAUCUGGAGGAGAAUUGCAGAGAGUAGCAAUGACACUAUGUCUUGGAAAGCCAGCUGAUGUCUACCUCGUUGACGAGCCUAGUGCUUACCUGGACUCUGAGCAGCGUCUUGUUGCAGCCAAGGUUAUAAAAAGAUUUUAGAUUGCUCGGAUUACUCUAUCAUGCAUCAUGCGAACGUCGUGUCCUUCUCAUUUCACAGUAGUUGCAAUGUUAACCACAUGCAUCCUUAAACGUGGGUCUCUCAUCAACGCUUCUUAAAUGUGAAUGUAGUCCUAUGCCAGCAACCAUUUCGCCGAGCAUCGAGUUGCAGUCGCUUUGAUGAGAUUUAUCAUACAUGCAAAGAAGACCGGCUUUGUAGUUGAGCACGACUUCAUCAUGGCUACUUACCUUGCUGAUCGCGUCAUAGUGUUUGAAGGUCAACCAUCAGUUAACACGACAGCGCAUGCGCCUCAGACACUAUUGGCGGGGAUGAACCGAUUUUUGGAGCUACUAGGAAUCACGUUCAGACGUGAUCCAAAUAAUUUCCGGCCCAGGAUAAACAAACUAGAAUCGGUAAAAGACGUGGAACAGAAACGUGCUGGGCAGUAUUUCUUUUUGGAAGACUGAACUUUAUGUUUAGUUUUGUAAUUUUUUUACCAGUUUUGGUAUUUUCCAUUGUCCAUUUUUUGCUCUACAUUGUAAUCACUAUAGCCUCAGUUUUAUCAUUGAAAAGUGUAUAUGUAUCCAGAAACUCAUUUAUUGGAAAGUAACUUAAGUGCUGACUAUCUGACAAAAAAUGAAACAAAAUGGGUUUAAAAUGUGAUAAUGUGUAUCACUGACAUCUUUAUCAGGCGUUGAAAGUGGCAAGUGGCAUAGCUCAUUCUAAGACUUUAUCACAUAUUUCUGUUCAGAAAAUAUAUGACAAAAAGAAUUACGAACAAGCUAUUUUAACUUUUUUCAUUUGUGAAUUUAUCAUGGUAUAUACAAUGAUUCUUGUAGACAGUGGAAAAUGUGAAAAUAAACGAUUGAACAGUUUUUUUCGAAAUAUA